UGACGAAGUUGAAAUCGAAGAUUUCGAAUACGACGAAGAAGACGAGAUAUACUACUAUCCAUGCCCUUGUGGUGACAGAUUUCAAAUAUCAAAGGUGUAUGUCUUGAAAAACACAGAAUUAAUUCAUAAAUUAUUUUGAAUUUUAGGAGGAACUACUUGCAGGAUGCUUUUUUGCAAGAGCAAACAGAGGCUGAAACAACAAAAGUGUCUGAAGAUAUUAAGAAGCUAAAAGUUUGAGAGUAGUCAAUAUGAGUAGAGGUAGAGGUAGAGGAGGUAAAACUUCUCUAACUAAAGAACAAUUGUCUGUGAUUGGUGUUACUGCAGGAGAAUCUUUACCUGUGCCCAUAACUGAACCUCCUGUUUUAUUUCCACCCAUUAAUAGAAAGCCAAUACCUCUUUCAGAGUGUAUUGAAGCAGAUUAUUUACUAAUUUUGAAGCAAGGAUUUAUAGAUCGAAUGAACAUGUCAGGAGCAUACUUAAAACCCAGUGAACCAAAUUUAAAGCAAAGUGAGCAAGCGAUAGAUAAAUUACUUGCCCAAAUACCUAAUACCAAGGAAAAGUUUAAUUGGAACUUUUAUCCACAUGAACUUAGACCAAAAUUAGUUGCAAAGAAGAGAAUAAAAACUGUGGAAAAAAAAGUUGACAUUACAUCAAGGCUGAAUCAACUUGAAAGGAUAGAAGAAAACUCUGAAAAAUUGGAUGAAGUCAAUAAAGAGGCUGAAGAAGAAAAUGAAGACGAUAAGGAGGAAAUCAUAGAGGAGGAUGAAGAUGAAGAAAUGGAUGAAGGUACAGAUUAUGCUAACAACUAUUUUGAUAAUGGGGAAGGCUAUGAGGAUGAGGAUGACAAUUUAGAUGAAGGUCCUAUUUAUUGAUUCUGAGUAAUUAUAACUAAUUUCAUAUGUGCACCUAAACCGUUGAAAAGUAAAAUUAUAGACUUGAAUUCAUUAAAUAAUAUAUUUUGUAAAGACCAGUAAAAACUUAAAUCUCAA